AUGGCACAGAGUGGGAGCAUAGAAGGAAAAGAGACCUCACCAAGUGAUGACUCAGAGAAGAGCAGCAUAUUGGACCUACCGUCUCUUUGUGACCUAGCAGAAGACUUUGAGCUUCCACACAGCUCAGAAGACAGCGAGGAACUUUUUCAUUCUGUGGACACUUUUCCCUAUCCACCCACAGGAGAGAGCAGUCUAUCCUCUGCAGUUCCUACGAGCUUUUCUGCUGGAAACUCUGAGGAAGCAAACGCAGGGCUGUGGGAGCACACUGAACCUAGUGAUCCUGUGCUCUUAUGGAUGUAUGAAGAUGAUGAUAGUCCAGAAGAUACCAGCAUCAGGAAAUCUCUCGAUGACUUCUACAAAAUGUAUUGCAAAAAACGGCCAGACAGAACGGAUCCCACCUACGAGGCUGCAUCACAAUGUCUGUCACAGAGGGUUUCAGAGCUAGCAAACCAGGAUGGAACAAAAUAUGCGUCACGUUGCCUGCAAAUGGCCCAGGUGGUCCUGAACAGAGAUGGGUGUAAGAUCUUCCCAAACAACCCCCCUGCUGCCUGUUUUUCAAAGACAGCUGAAGGAGAAGUCGUGUUAGAAGACAGAAAGAUAACACCCGGACUCUCUGAUGACGUCCUGGAAUUUUUAUUGAAACAAACACGGACAAAACACGUCUCUGACAUGUCGCAUGAGACGUAA